AUGGAGGGGCAGAGCGGCCGCUGCAAGAUCGUGGUGGUGGGGGACGCGGAGUGCGGCAAGACGGCGCUGCUGCAGGUGUUCGCCAAGGACGCCUACCCCGGGAGUUAUGUGCCCACCGUGUUUGAGAACUACACCGCCAGCUUUGAGAUAGACAAGCGCCGCAUCGAGCUCAACAUGUGGGACACCUCAGGCUCCUCUUACUAUGAUAAUGUCCGGCCCCUCGCCUAUCCUGAUUCGGAUGCUGUGCUCAUCUGCUUCGACAUCAGCCGACCAGAGACACUGGACAGUGUCCUCAAGAAGUGGCAAGGGGAGACUCAGGAGUUCUGUCCCAAUGCCAAGGUGGUGCUGGUUGGCUGUAAACUGGACAUGCGGACCGACCUGGCCACCCUGAGGGAGCUGUCCAAGCAGAGGCUUAUCCCUGUGACCCAUGAGCAGGGCACCGUGCUGGCCAAGCAGGUGGGGGCCGUGUCCUACGUGGAGUGCUCCUCCCGCUCCUCCGAGCGCAGCGUCAGGGACGUCUUCCACGUGGCCACCGUGGCCUCCCUCGGCCGUGGCCACAGGCAGCUGCGCCGCACGGACUCACGCCGGGGCCUGCAGCGGUCCACUCAGCUGGACCGGGGGAACGGGAACGAAGGCGAGAUGCACAAGGAUCGCGCCAAGAGUUGCAACCUCAUGUGA